GCAGCUUGGACACAGGAGGGCAGCACAGCGUCGUUUUGUUGGUGUCACAUCGACGAAGAAGAAGCGCUUCUGGUUAGUUCCGCGGCCAACAUGAACGCACCACCGGCCUUCGAGUCAUUCCUUCUGUUUGAAGGAGAGAAGAAAAUUCGUAUUCAGAAGGACACAAAGGUGCCCAACUCGUGUCUCUUCACCCUCAACAAAGAAGACCAUACGCUGGGAAACAUAAUUCGAGCUCAGCUGCUGAAAGAUCCACAGGUCCUGUUCGCUGGUUAUAAGGUUCCUCAUCCACUGGAACACAAGAUCGUCAUCAGAGUGCAGACCACACCAGACUACAGCCCCCAGGAAGCGUUCACGAACGCCAUCACAGAUCUGAUCAGUGAGCUUUCUCUUCUGGAGGAACGGUUCAGAGUCGCCAUCAAGGAGAAGCAGGAAGGACUGGAGUGACCCCUCACCGCCAUGAUAUAUUUUGCUUGUAAAUAAAGUUGUGGUUUUCUCUGUUGA